AGAGGCGAAGGCGCUGCUGCUGCUGCCCCUGCUGCUCCCUGUGUGGCAUCUUUGCAGGAGCCGGGCGAGGCGAGGCGGAAAAGUGCCGCGGCAGGAUGCUCGUCUGGGGACCGCUGCUGGGGCUCUGGGCCCUGCUGCUGGAAGCCGCCUGGGGAGAGCCGGUGCCAGCUACCACAUGUCCCAGAGGCCUUUCCUGGAGUCCGGACCUGGAAAAGUGUAUGGCUUGCGACGUGUGCCAAAUCCAGAACAAGAACGACUUCUGCUCCACGUGUGGAGACGUCCAGCCCUCUGAUACCUUCAACUGGUGGAUUGUCGUGGGAGCAUCCGUGGGGGCCUCCGUUUUGCUUAUUAUCAUCUUUGGAAUAAUAUUCUACGCUCGUUGCCGGCGGCGAGAAAAGUUUACGACUCCAAUUGAAGAGACAGGAGGCCAUUCGGCUCAGGAAUCGCUGAUAGAUUGAAAAUCUGUGAUCGGUGACUGAGAAAAAUGGUGACUUCAACCUGGGAUUACCUCUGACUUUUCCUAAUGACAACAGAAGGAUGUUUUCCCCCCCCCUCUGCCCUGGGAUUCUGGGGCAUUCCACUUUUUGCACACACAGUUUUUUCGAGGUGGGUGGGGUCUGUGGUCCUCUUUUCUGAUAUACAUUUCAGGGAGAAGUAGCGGCAGUCCCUUUUGUAAAGGAACAUUGGCUUCCUCGGGAUAUUUUGCAGUGUUAGGGGGAGCAGCAAAAGGGCCUUUUUGUAAACAACUCCCCCCCGGAUCUAAUGCCCCACAUUGGGGUGACUUUUGGGGCUGGGGCACAGCUGUGGGGAACCCUGCCGCUCCCGAAUCCUUCCCAUCUUGGGGGCCCUUUGGCAAAGACUCUUGCAGUAUCUACUGUUCGCUUCCCGCUGUGGAGCCGCCAAGGGUCAACGCGAAUGUGACUGGUAGAUUUAUCUGUAUAUAGAGAGUAUUUUGGGUGCUGAGUCUCUCUGGAAGAGGAGCACGGUUGAUAUGCUUUUCCUGAGCUCCCUCCCUCACGCUUUUCUCUGUUUGUGGCUGGGCCACUAUGUGAAUCGGCCAAGUGGCGGGCGCUUAAGCCAACACGAAUGUCCUCCCUUCCUCUUGCUCCCCACCACCACCACCUUUGGUGCUCCCACAGAGAGAUCGCUAUUUAUGUCGUCUGCUCUAAGAGAAAUUUUAAUGUUAUGGUUGUGAAUUGAAACAAGGCAGCAGACACACACAAAAAAAAUACUUGCAUGUCACUUCCUGAA